CGUCUGAAGGAUAACUAUGAGGGUGAUCUACGUCCUGAACGCCGGCUGUGUUGCUGCCUUCUCAAGACAGGAGUCGCUUUAGACGAGUUGUAGGCAAGAAAGAGUAUUUAUCUAUUUGGAAACUCUGUAUAUUUUGAUUUCUUUAUUUAAUCUGAAACACAGAGGAAAAGACGAUUUGCAUGGAGAUCAUGCAAAGAUAUUAUUAUUCCCAUUACGAUAUUGACGUGCGCAUUUUGUUGAGAACAACUUUCUGAGACUUAUUGUUACGACUUUUUUUGAACUGAUUAGAAAUAUAGACUAUUUAUUUGUUUAUUAUAGCGUUUAGUACGCAUUUACAUAUUCGGAAACGAAAGCGAAGAACUAUUGUAUCAAAGUUUCUACAUGGCCAUGGAGACGGUGUCGGUUCUACAACAGCAGCUGUCCCAUCCCGGGACCAUGGCUGAGCGGAGCUCGAGCGAGCUCUGCUCGGGAGACGUGCCGCUGCCGGUUGACUAUCCUGCCGGCGAGGUGCCUCCGUCCGGACGUAGGGGCUCCAGCGUGAAGAAGCACCUCCACAAGCACAACCUGAAACACCGCUACGAGCUGCAGGAGACGCUGGGCAGGGGCACUUACGGCAAAGUGAAGAAAGCCAUAGAACGACACACCGGCCGGGUGGUGGCCAUUAAGUCUAUCCGUAAGGAGAAGAUUAGGGAUGAGCAGGACAUGGUUCACAUCCGACGGGAGAUCGAGAUCAUGUCCUCUCUCCGACAUCCACACAUCAUCUCCAUCCAUGAAGUGUUUGAGAAUAAGGACAAGAUUGUGAUUGUGAUGGAGUACGCCAGUAAGGGGGAGCUGUACGAGUACAUCAGUGAGCGGAGGAGGCUGAGCGAGAGGGAGACCAGGCACUUCUUCAGACAGAUCGUCUCUGCUGUGCACUUUUGCCACAAGAAUGGAAUUGUGCAUCGAGAUCUAAAACUGGAAAAUGUCCUGCUCGAUGAGAACUGUAACAUCAAGAUUGCAGACUUUGGGCUGUCUAACUUGUACCACAAGGACAAGCUGCUGCAGACCUUCUGUGGGAGUCCACUCUACGCCUCUCCUGAGAUCGUCAAUGGCAGGCCAUACAAAGGCCCUGAGGUGGACAGCUGGGCGCUGGGAGUGCUGUUGUAUACCCUGGUGUACGGGACCAUGCCGUUUGAUGGAGGAGACCACAAGAAGCUCAUCCGCCAGAUCAGCAAUGGAGAGUACAGAGAGCCCACCCAGUCCUCAGAUGCUCGCGGUCUGAUCCGCUGGAUGCUGAUGGUGAAUCCCGAGCGGCGGGCCACGGUGGAGGACAUCGCCAACCACUGGUGGGUCAACUGGGGCUGGAAGUCCAGCGUGUGCGACUGCGAGGUCAAGCAAGGCGACGUGCCCGGCUCCUCCCCGAUGCUAGCCCGCUUCAUCGACUGGCAGAACCGCACCGACGGCCGCUCAGCCGCCAAGGCGCCGCGCGGGUCGGAACCGGGCAACGGUAACGGAUCCGGGUCAGGUCCGCCAGCGCGCCAGCGGAUGAGGAGGUCGUCGAAGGAGAACGACGCCAGCUUGGUUGGCGGCGUGCGCGUCGGAGGAGGAGGAGGAGGAGGUCACGUGACCCUCGAGCCGGGUCCGAAGCGGCCGAAGGGGAUCCUGAAGACGCGGGCGAGCGGCGAUCAGCGGUCGCAGAGCCUGGGCGAGAUCGAGCUCCGCCGCUCCAUCCAGUACCAGGACGCCACCUGCAGCACCGCCUUCGCGUCCGCCACCAGCCUCGGGAAGGACGUCGAGGAGGAGCACGAGCGCUUCCUCCUGGGUGGCUCGCCAACCGACAUGGCGCCCACGCUGCCCAAGAAGGGCAUCCUGAAGAACAACCAGCAGCGCGAGUCCGGCUACUACUCCUCCCCAGAGCGCAGUGAGUCCUCCGAGCUGCUAGGGGGCGGUGUCAACAUGCCCCCGCCCCAGCACCAGCCACCGGCGCCAACCGGCUCCCCAACCCGCCGAGCCGUGGGCAGGAAGGGCAUCCUGAAGCGCAACGGGAAGUACUCCACCCACAACAACCACAGCAGCGUCCAGCUGUACGGUGACCCGACGUCCGCCGCCACCGACUCGGGCCUCUCCCGGAGCCAGAGCCGGCCGUCCAGCAUAGUGGACGAGGAGAUGGUCCUCUCGCCCUAUGGGAGCGGCAUGGACUGGCCCCCCACCUCGCCCAAGCCGAGCAUCCGAGCCUGCCUCUCGGCCGAGGACCUCCUCCCGAUGGCCGGCUUCCGGGGCCUACAGACGUCCGCCGCGCCGGCUCUCCACGGGGGCAAGAUCGCGCGUAGCAGCCCGCCCGGGUCGCCCGGCGACAACGGCAGCUUCUCGCUGCUCGGGGACCUGGACGACAUGACCCAGGUCUACCAGCACGCCCUUGACAUCAGCAACACGUUAACCUACAGAGGAGAGGAGCAAUAGAGGGAGACAAAGACUUUUAGGGAAAGGACACGGGCAAGUGUCCGUCUCUCCUGGACUCCAUGGGUAACUGUUGGGGAGGGAGGGGGAGACGCACUCAUCUCGAGGGGUUCAAUUAGGAGUAUGACUGGAAGUCCACAGAUGAGAGAGAACAUUGAGAUAACAGAGGGCCACAGAGCAGUCUCACCACACACACACACACACACACACACACACACACACACACACACACACACACACACACACACACACACACACAAUGCCAAUGACUGAGCUGCCUUGAAAUGUUUACAUGACAACCAGAGGGAAAAUAAAUGACACACACACACACACACACACACACACACACACACACAGUGGGUAGACAUGCAUCAGCCACUGCACCAAAGGUAAAACAGACCUAAACAGAGACUGUUAGACCACACACACCAUUUGUGUAGUGUGUAAAUUCUAAAUAUUUGCCUAUUUAUUGAUAAUAUAUAAAAACGUGUUCUGGUCACACCAUUGGUUGACUGGUGUAACUAUUGCAUCAGAGAUUGGUAAAGUUACAGGACUAUGUGUCUUUUGAUGUACUUUUCAUGCCAAGUUUCCUUUUUUAAAUUAUGCUUAAUGGUAUAACAUGUAUCAAAUAGAUACUCCAUGUUGGGGGAAAAAAAGGGAAGCAAAAAUGUUCUCUUGUAAAUAGACUUGUAAAAAAAAAACUUUUUAGGGAGCAUUUGUUUUAGCCAGCCAUUUUGUUUUUGUUAAGAAGGAGAGCUCCUUCCUGUAGUAGACAAAGCAGUAUUUACUCUGUGUACAUUUGUACACUGAUCUCAAAAGAACACUGGGUCCAGCAUCUCACUCCACAGCUGAUGCCACAGUAGUAAUUAUGGACAUGGGCCUACUCAUUAUGUUCUGAUAUGAGUGACCUCUAUUACAAUUUUCUCAAGAAAGACGUAACCAUUUUGGGCAAAGUUUUUACGUCAAUCUAAACAGUGAGAGUGUAUGAAACUGUCCAAACAUUAUAGAAACAUGUUGAAGUUGUUUCAUAUAAUUUGGGAAGUCAAUGAUACAGGACAAACAUGUAGUCCCAGUGCCAUAGUGAUGUUUGAAAUACACUGGGUCAUUGUUCAUUGGGCAAACACAUUUGGUUACUCAAUCCAGUGUUCUUUUGAGACCAGUGACAGGGUGGGAGAGUAUGACAUCAUGCACUUUCCCCCACCAAUGGGAUGUUACAAAGAUAAGAGGUGACGGUGAUGUCAUAAAAGUGGUUGUCAUGGAUCCUGUUACCAGCUGUGUCUAACUGACCUCAGUGAUUGGUUCCUCGUGACUUCCAUGCAGAAAGUGCUGAUGAGAACCAUGGCAACACCUCGUUUGGGUGUCUUCCCAGUGACACAGUGUUAUUGAAAAGUCAAUGGAACCAGUUAGGUAGUAUUGUUACAAUGCAGUCAAAAUUGUGUUAGGCCAAGUACAUGUAUCCAUUAACUUAUUGCACACUUUUAGCAGUUCAUCAGUUUGAACAAGUAUGAUGUGUUAUUCAGUGCAGAAACAUUGAAGUGUUUCAAGCACAGUGGUCCUUUGUGGUUGACGUUACCUACCAGACCAAGUCAAAGGCUAAUGAUCUUCUCACACACCAAACACCAGAAUACCAGAGAGGCUAAGACAACACGCUCAUUACCGCACAUGAGCACACAAACACACACACACACACACACACAUUCACGUGCAUACACACACACACACAGAGACGUCUGAAGUGUGAGGGCGGUGUACUGUGUAAACACCGGACACUGGCAGUGAUUAUUCGUCCCCCAAGCCCAGAACACUCCUGCCAGCCUGGGCGUAACCCUAAAAAGCCACUCCAAGGUGAAAAUAGUCUCCCCUACAAAAAAAAACCCAGCAACUGACCCUCGGAAAACACGCCGCGGCGUCGGCACGUUUCGGCCAGCAGAUCCAUUCUGAUUUGAGCAGGAAAGAAUAACACAACACCCAGUAGCACGCUAUGGCCCUUUAGGUCCCGAAGGAGCCGACAGGUCAUAAAAACAAAUAAAGGGCUCUGAUAGACGUCUGCGAAAAGGUCAACUUUAUAUGUCGCUGCUACGUGUACCAGAGUCGAAACCAUCAAGCGCCUGGAAGCUCUGUGUGAAGUGUUUUCUGUGUGGUGUGCGUUGCGGUUUUGCAUUCUGACUCGAUCCCUUUUUAUUUUGUGUUGCACGGACUGGGUGCUGUUAACUGGAUGUGGACGAAUUUGUACUAUGUUAGUAUUUUGUUUUGUUAUAUUGUUUGACUAUUAUUUUCUUUUGUCUUUGUUUUUCAAGAUGGCUGUGCUGUUGUUUUGUUACUUUUGUCACUAGGUGAGUGAGAGUGGUUGGGAUCAUCUCCUGAGUAUGACAUCACAAGGCCUUGAGGUCCUUACAGGUCAAAAGAUACUGAAACGCUGCAUAAUACAUGCAAGCAAAGGCACACACUCACACACACACACACACACACACACAAACACACACACAAACUCAAAUUCACAAACAAAUCUGACUGAACUGAAUUGCCUCCUAAUGCUUUCUCCUUUCAAAACUGGAACUAGCAGACACUUAAAGCUUCGCUUCAGAGACUUUCAGCAAACCUGUAAAGAAAAUAUAAAUAUAUGUGACUGGACUAUGGUAAUGUAAUGUAAAAUGGAUACAUUGUGUGUUAUUUAACUAUACUGCCGUUGCUUCAAGCCUGUAAAAAUCAACAGGGACAUCAGUCUGCUCUGCUCUGUGCCUUUGGUGACUGAAACUAUUGUAGCCAAUUCUCAUGUUGACAGUGUAGAAGCGUGGUCAUUUCCAAAGCUUUUGCGUUGUUUACUUGUGUGGUCAUGGCAACCGCUUGGCUAAAGAGGCAGUGAUGGGGCAGCCUUGUUCAUAUAAGGCUGGCGAAUCUCAUGCGUCGCUUUUGUCACCCUUCGAGUGUGUGUGGCCUCUUACAAAGAUUUGAGUGUGUUGAGUCUGUAUUUAUCCUGAUCCUCUUUAGGAAAACACACACAUAACUGGCCACACACUCUCUGCCAUAUCAGUGCUGCCAUUACCAACCUCAAUAAAAAUCAAUUUUUUGGGAA